AUGGUCCAUAGCACGCUGCUCCGGCGAGCGCCGCCACCGCGCCGGUAUGAUGCAGGCAGGAAUCGCGCGCCGCCGGGGUCGUGGGCGCCGCGCGCGCUCGGGUUGCUGGGGCCGUGUCCGCCUCGCGCGCCGCCGGGGCCGUGGGCGCCUCGCGCCGCCGGGCGUGGCCGCCUCGCGCGCCUCGCGCCGCCGGGCUUGGCCGCGUCGCGCGCCUCGCUGCGUGCCGGCCUCUCUCCGUCGUGUGCAGCUUCCGCUGCGAUGCGUUAUGAUGCUGUCGAGCAGUUGACCGGCAGCAACUUUCCUCGUUGGAAGAACUCCAUUGAGCUAUGUUUGGCUUUCAACGAGUUUGAUUAUGCCUUAAGGGAGGAUAAGCCCGUGGCGCCGAUUCUUGGUGCUACGGGGUAUGAUGAACUAAAGAAAACUUAUGACUCCAAGAUGGAGAAGUGGGACAAAUCCAAUCACGUUGCAAUGCUCGUGAUGAAUUCUUCCAUUUCACUCGAGAUUAUUGGGGCUCUCCCCAAGAAAGAUACUGCUAAGGAAUUUAUGGAAGCCUUAGAGGAGAAAUUCAAAGGCUCUGAAAAGGAGGCCGGGCUCGGGAAGCGCCUGCUGCGGGUGCUGCGCGCCGUCUACCACAUGCUGCGCAAGGGCCUCUGCCGCAAGCGCCUCAUGAUGGACCUCCACCUCCUCCUCGGCCGCGGCAAGCUCGCCGGCCGCGCCCUCCGCGCCCACCUCGCCCACCACCCGCAGCCGCACCACCUUGCCGCGGCGGCCGCUGCGGCCGGCGCGUCCCCGUCCGCGCUCACCAUGUACCAGCACAACCCGCGGGACGUCGAGUUCAGCUGCGACACCACGCCGCUCUACGCCGCGGCCAGCCCGGCCAUCGCCUUCCCGUUCAAGAUCGGCCGCGGCCGGGGCCGGGGCGGCAGCAGCCUCGGCGGGCUCGACGCCGCCACCGUGGCGGCCGCCUUCGAGAUGAUGAACGCGCAGGCCAACGGCGGGGAGACGCCGGGAGCCACCGGGGCCACGCCGUCGCCGAUGCUUGCCCUCAGCCGCGGCCGCUGCCCGGCCGGCGCGCGCCAGCUGCGCGUCACCGACUCGCCCUUCCCCGUCGAGCCCGAGGGCGUCGACGAGCGCGUCGACGCCGAGGCCGACAGCUUCAUCAAGCGCUUCUACGAGCAGCUCCGGAUGCAGCAGUCCACCACGCCCGACAACUGCGUCCGCCGCCGGGGCUAGCGCUAGC